GUUUAGAAAAUUACAUGCAAAACCGACCAGAAGCAGCCGCACUUCUCAGCAGAUCUCAUAGGAUUGUUUGGUAAAGGCUCUGCCGGUCUGCACGGGUCACCUCCCUCGGAACUCCGCGGCUGAACGUCGGAGCCAGCCCUCGGCCCCCUGCAGUCGGAAAGUUACAGCCUCGGGGAGCCCUGGAGGCGGUGGCUGCGGCCCAGGAGGAAGCGGCAGUGCCCGGGCUGUUCUUGCUUUUGCGGAAUUCACAACAUCUCUCUCAAAGAAAUUUGUAGUCAGAACUUUAUGCUGCAUUUUUAUUCAGGAAAGAAGUGGAAGAGAAGAGUGUCAGCUCCUAAGAAUCCAGCUCUGGAGAAACAUGGACCAGCUGGUGGCCAUGCAGGCUAGAGUCCCGUUUGGAGCUGCAGAAGGCAGUGGUUCAGUGGUGGGGACUGGGCCUGGGAGCUGCCACGUCUAAGUACAGAGCCUUCCACCAGGAUUUCUUCCAUCCCCAGUCCUGUCUGCCCACCCCCCAAGGGCCAGGAGGAGAAUUCUUCCAAGGAUGGUCUCCCAUUCAGAGUUGAGGGAGCUUUUCUGUGCAGCUGAUGCAGUAUGCUUCGAUGUUGAUAGCACAGUCAUCAGAGAAGAAGGAAUUGAUGAACUGGCCAAAUUCUGUGGAGUUGAGGAUGCUGUGUCAGAAAUGACACGGCGAGCCAUGGGUGGGGCAGUGCCUUUCAAGGCUGCCCUCACAGAGCGCCUAUCUCUGAUCCAGCCCUCCAGGGAACAGGUGCAAAGGCUCAUAGCAGAGCACCCCCCACACCUGACCCCUGGUAUAAGGGAGCUAGUAAGUCGCCUUCAAGAGCGAAAUGUUCAGGUUUUCCUAAUAUCUGGUGGCUUCAGGAGCAUUGUAGAGCAUGUAGCUUCAAAGCUCAACAUCCCUGCAACCAAUGUAUUUGCCAACAGGCUGAAAUUCUACUUUAAUGGUGAAUAUGCAGGUUUUGAUGAGAUGCAGCCAACAGCUGAAUCUGGUGGGAAAGGAAAAGUUAUUAAACUUUUAAAGGAAAAAUUUCAUUUUAAGAAAAUAGUCAUGAUUGGAGAUGGAGCUACAGACAUGGAAGCCUGUCCUCCUGCUGAUGUUUUCAUUGGAUUUGGAGGAAAUGUGAUCAGGCAACAAGUAAAGGACAACGCGGAAUGGUACAUAACUGAUUUUGUAGAGCUUUUGGGAGAACUGGAAGAGUAAUAGCAAGUUUUAUACAGUUCAUAACAACUUCACGUUAAUUUUCAAAAGUUAUACAGUUUGAUACUGUUUGCUUCCAAUUGCCUAUUACAACUUAAUGUAUGAAUUUGGUAUCGAUUAUCUGUACCUCUAAGUAAACUAUAGUUACGCCUCCUAGAAAAUCGCUUUUUUUAAGUGUAGUUCCAUUAUUAUUAUGACCAUUAAUUACCUGGAGAGUUUUAUAAUGUGAAUUCUUUAUGAAUUUCCUGGCUAUAUUUUAUUUGAAGCCUUUUGAAGAUGGAUAGUCAAUUAAACACCUUCACUAUUGGAAAUAUGGAUUAGGCAGUGAAUUUAAGUGAAUAUUAAGUGAACUGAAGUGAAUAUUCGUUUUCCCUUUGGCAUAUAAAUAAAAGUUCAUCCAUGUAUCAGAA